AUGGCUUCUACUAACCCAUCAUCCGAAUCCACAUCCUUUUCUACGCCCUCAGCCCUUAUCGCAGGCGAAACACCUUCCCCGAUGGCACUCGAAGACUCGGGUAUGAUGGCGCAAUUGAUAGCCUCUGAGGGAAACUGUCAGAGAACCAACCAAGCGCUGAUCGGGACGAAUGUCUCCAUGCUCGUCCUGGCAGCGUUAUUCCUCGGCUACCGGUACUUCAAAUUCAAAAAAGCAAAGUCACGCGCCGACUACGAUAUGAUACAUCCUAUCAACGAUGCACGGGCAGUAUAUGACAGCGGUUGGAUGUCCGAAGACGGGGCGAAAGCGCGUUUCACGCUUCCUUCCUGGUGCCCCCAAAUCUUCUCCAAGCCUUGGCGCUGGCGGACCAGAGGCGAGCGAUCGAAAGAAGGCGCUGCUGAAGAGGGGAAGCUACCAUUGUCAUCAAACAACGACAUUAGCAGCAGCCGGGAGCGCAGGAGCGACGCGGUCAGCCUCGUUUCCGCGCUUAUACAGGUCUCUGACCAGCACAGCAUCGGUCCAGUGGACACCCGCCGGCCUUCUGCUGACGAGGACGAAACAACGAACUUGGCGCCACGGCUAAUCUCAGGAAAUGGCGAUCGAAGGUCCCGCGGACAGGCCCCGCAUGUGCCGGAUUCCGCCCAAACGAUCGCUGUCUCGAGCAGUCGUGAAGUCGAACCAGUUACGACGCAUCCCUUUUCCGAGAAUGGCAGGGAAGGAACCGCUACGGCGACGACACCCGGCGCCCGAGCCCACCACCACGAAGGGCUGCGGAAGUCAUUCCCGUUCGUAUCUGCGCCCGUAGGGACAGCCCCCCCGUCUUCGUUUCCCAGUCUUGAUAUCCAAGGAACCGACCCACGGGAUGCAGUAUCGCGAUCUUCGACGGCCUCUAUCGACAUUAGUUCAGUUCCUGCCGAAGGAGGUAUAUCGCCGACACCAAGCAUUCCGCCCUCAGCUUAUGAUCCCCAUCUUCUGCGUAAAUUAACUCCAUCGGGGCCUGCGCUGCCCAGCACAGACGGCGGAGCCACGCCUGCUACUCUCCGUGGUGAAGGCAGGAGGACAGGAUUGAUGUCGAGCUACGCGCCAGCUGCUCGCACUUCUACACUGCAGUCCACAUGGAGCGACAGCAGUUCGACCCCGUCUGUCCCCUCUUUCAAGUGGCCUGUCCAUAGUGAGGGAGGGAGUGCGACGCCAGCACCCAGCAGCCCGCCCUCGCUUUACGGGCAUGAUUGGCUCCGAGUUGCGAGCGGACCUGCGUUGUUUAACGUUCCUUCGGCGGCGGCGCCUUCUAGUGCUGAUGAAGGAGGAACAACGCCAACUCCCGAUCGCCCGUCGAUAGCGGUAACAGACCCACGGUACUCGCACACAGUAUGUCUACGCUGCCGCGGUCACCUAUAA